CAACAUACGAGGACGCGGGCUCCAGCAGGAACAGCGUCGGAUAAACACGUGCGUUCUACAACUUCGGGAAAAAAUACACCGGCGUCUUCCGUGAGUGCUGCUGCGCCAGCGUCUUCCACUACCAGAGUCGUGAAUCAUGGAACCGGUGCGUCUGUGUCUGCUGAGAACCCGAAGGAUGAUGAAGAAUCAAUGUCAGAUGAAGAUGAAAGUGAAUAUGGAGCAGAAGGCUUGUUGGGCUCGUCCUCCGAUGAAUCUGAUGAUCGUAAAAGCGAUGUUCGUGCACUAACGAAGUUUUUGCAUUCGUUUAGCCAUUCUGUCGCAGCAGAGGAGCAUGAGAGACGCGCUGACGCAGAAAACAUUGAGGCAGCACGCACAGCCAUCAACGAACUGCAGUCUCGUAUCGCCAAUGUGCGAGCCAAGGCUGUAAAAAUUGAAGCCCACGAGCUGGACAAGGUUGUAGGAGGAGUUGCUGGGAACUCUGAACAAGCCGCUCAUCGUCAUCUCAGACUGGUUACAUUUGUUCUUAAGAAUCGAGAAUUAGCGCGUGCAGCCCGUUAUGCGCAAGUUAAGAUGGCGCAUCUUCUAGGCGCUCGCGCUGCGGCAUUGUCAGCGCGGCUAUUUCGCGCCUCCUUUUUUUGGAAAGCCAUGGCGAAGAAAAUCAGGCAAGAAAAGAUACCCGAACUGUUGUGGAAACGCGUCUAUUCUUUCGACAAACUUUUUGCCGCCGUGGGGAACGCCGUGUCGUCUUCCUGGAUGUCCGAUCCUGAGUGGCUCUUAAACGACGUCUCCUACGUACUAGGGCGAACCUUUUUGAAUCUGCCGUUCAAACAGGAGGUGGAGGUUGAAGAAGGUGAUGUUCUUAGGGAGGUGGACAAGGCAGAAGAGGUGGAAUAUGUUGGUGUUGGUGUUGGGAAGGACAGCACGAUGUCUGGAGCAGAGGUAGAAGAAGGCUCGCAGAGGGACAUGUCAGACGUACAGCCAGAGGACGAAACGAUAUUUUUAAAGGAACGAGAGUAUUCUCCCUCUCAGCCUGAGCUUUCGGAACAAACACAUGUGAAGAUAGGAGAUUCUUCUUCACCCUCACCGAGGACAGGAGGAUUGUCAGAACAUGAAGUUGCACGAAAAAAGUUCAAUCUCUACCGGCGUAGUGCCGAAUGGUUGGGAGAGCUGGUUCCUGAUUUUACUGACGUUUUUGAUUUUCUCGGUGCACAGAAAAUGCUGGAUGCUGGAUUAAAAGGCGUGCUUCGCAGCUUUGUCGAUUCUGAUAGACAAGAACUGCUCAAAUGGAUUCGUGAUUUCUUGGAGGACACAUCAGAUGUCAGAACGGCUAAGCGGAAAAGAAUAGAGGUAGAUACAACGGAUACGCUUCUCGAACUGGGUGAAAAAAUUGUUGCGAAGCUGAUAGAGGAAGCACAAGAGCAGAAGGACGUGAAAGCCGAUGUGAAGCGCCCUGCUUCUCAUAAAGACGAAGAUUCUGGUACCAAAGGCCCUUCUGAAAUGGAAGCCUCAACAGCAGCGCCUUCAUCAACUGCGUCUCCUAAAGAAAGAGCAGAACGAGCACAAGGAACUGAACAAGGGGCAACCUCGGAGGAAGCAGAACAAGGACAACAAGGGGAUGAACAACGACAAAGAGCGGCUUCUCCUUCUGCGAAAUAUGCAACUGCAACUGGCACGACACCUUCAAGCUCACCGAUAGGUGGCAGCCCAGGUGUGGAAUGGCUAUUGCAAGUCUAUGAGGAAUACGCGAAAAAGCAUGGCAUAACAGGAGGACCAUCCGGCAUUUUAACCUUGGCUUUGAACCUGGUGCUUGACACUGGGCUGCUCGAUAUCCCUCCAGCGAGACUCGCAAAAUACAUGGCGAGUUAUGGUUCUGCAGCUUUUAGUAAGAUAAGCCGAGGACGAAAGCAAACCGUUGGCAUCGAAAAUUGAGGAAUGUACCUUUUAAGCAGACCUAAUAAAGAUUAACUAAUCCACUAUCGUCUAGAACAACUGCGUUAUACCUUCUACUUAGACUUAGUUGUAAGGUUCAGAAAUCAAGUCUAAGGUGUCAAGACGAAGACUACCUAAGAUUAGGUCAAUAAGUACUAACAUUGAUAAUGAAUGAAAUGGAGAAAAGGAAAACGUUAAGAACGUAUCUAUUAGAGUUUAUGUACUCGCGUGGGGUACCAGUCCCGACAAAACAAUAAGUGCUGACGAGAACAAGUUAUUUAGUUUCCGAUAAAAGAACUACGAAAACACAGGUAACGACGCUUAGGAUGGUGGUUGUGCACAAUUUCAUGUAGAUGAUUUCGGUUUCUUUUGUCACGGUGGAAAAUGAAAAUGUUUUUUUACGCGACUCCAAACAGAAUCAGCAUGAUAAUGUCAUAGGUAAAACUUGUUAAGUCCUCUUUAUUUUUAUCCUGCAUGCAGAUCGCGAUUGGUGCGGUUACAUGCACACCGUGCUUGUGGUUUAACAUAAGCAUCCCUAUCCCAUAUCGAAAUCUCUCGAUGAAAAAAAAAUUUAGUAUCUCAUCAUCAUGACCGGAAGUGACAUUGUUCUUUUAUACCCUUCCAGUACCGUAAUUGCCCGACAUCAUGUUAUUGCGAUCGAGA